GCGUAGCCUUUAUCCCUUGCUUGUUAUCAUACUUCGGGCCCACCUGCAGUGAUACCAAUGUCCGUCAGAGUGCAACAUUACCGAAACACUGUACGCUUUCGAAUCUCCGCCAUUUGGCAUCCACUAAGGACUCCCGGGUCCGUGCCUUGCCGAUUACACUACUGACACGGCUGUCUCAAAAAGUGAUUGACUAGCUGGUGAAGCAGUGAUAACACAUGUGCAACAUCUCAUAGUCGAAAUCUUCGUUGCGCAAUAAAGCAAAGAUGCUGAACCCUGCCGUAAAGAUGUCUAGUCCAAGCGAGUCUAAGCGAGUCAAGACUCAAGCACCGCCAAAGUCCUUGUUCUACGGCACCGGAAUCCCCAAGCACAGAAGUUCGACAUCCACUUCUUCAAUCCUUCGGCGCAAGUCGGCUUCAAAGUCGGUUCGCCGACUGACCCAAGCACUGACCACGACGACGCCACGACGGCCGAGCCUGCCGCAACUGCAUCAGCAAGCUGGAAGAAUAAGACCAACAAGGCCUAUAAACAGCAGGCUGAUCGGAGUCUCGAAGAGCCACACGAAAGUCGCCACAUUGUGGAGAAGGAUCAGAAGGCCUGACGCGGAGCCGACUCGCAGUGCUCUCUCUGGGAUUGCUUUGACGGGGUGUCCCGGAGUCAAAGAACCAUGAUGCGCUCCACUUGG